AUAUGAUCCAUCUUGACCAUCUUUUGAGAUGAUCUAGUGAUAAGCAUGAUCAUUGUUCCUAGCACAUUCCUGCUCGAAUGAGCCCUUACAUUGGUUAUAAUGCAACUCAUGCUUCUUUUUUACGCGAAAGAAUCAAUGACAAACCGUAACGCGUGUUCAGUGAGAAGGAUGUGACAAGCUGACACUGAUCAAGUGCACUUCACUCACCCGUUCUGUGGCAAGCAAAUUUUAAAGUUCAACAUUCAAUUUCACUCAGAUUAACACCAUCACUUUCCUGUUCUCCGUCAAAAAGGGUCAACAAAGAUGACAUUCUUGGAUCUAAUCGGAAGAAGGCCUCAAAGGCUGAUCAUGCUGGUGGUGAUCUUCUUGUUAUUCUUGUCAUUAUCAACUUAUUUCACCCUCACGCCAAACAGUUAUGAAUCCGUACGACAAAGCUGGAAGAGCAUUCCAAGACCUUGGCAGAAUGGCUACAAAGGUGGACUUUCAGAUGGAACAGCAUUGCCAUACAGUCAGGACUUGGCAGACAUGUACACACACAACCCCGGCAAACCAACAUCAGCAGAAGAUCUGAUGAAAUGGGCAACAAAAGGUAGUGAUGGAAAUUAUUAUCCGCCAACCUAUAUUCCACAACAGAACAAUCAAGCCCCACGUGCAAAGGCUGGUUUCGUCGUCUUGGUUCGUAAUGGAGAAUUGGAGGGGAUGAGAUCGGCAAUGUACGAUGUUGAAUCGAAGUUUAACAGAAAGUACGGAUAUCCAUGGAUCUUUUUGAAUAACGAACCAUUCUCGGAAGAAUUCAAAGAGGGUGUCAGACAGAUGACCCGAUCCGAAAUUCGAUUCGGUCAACUUCCAAAAGAACAUUGGAGUUAUCCAGAUUAUAUCGAUCAAAAGAAGGCAGCCGACGUUCGUGAAGAAAUGCGCAAGAAUAAUGUCAUUUAUGGAGACAGUGAAUCGUACAGACAUAUGUGUCGUUUCCAAUCAGGAUUCUUCUUCCGUCAACCCGAGACUUUGGAUUUGGACUAUUACUGGCGUGUUGAACCUGGAACGAAAUUGUACUGCGAUAUCGAUUACGAUCCAUUCUUGUUCAUGCAGAUGAACAACAAGACAUACGGCUUCACAAUGGCUUUGCAUGAGUUCCCCGCAACCGUUGCUACACUUUAUCAAACAACGAGAGAGUUUGUUGAAAAGCACCCUGAAUACGUCUCAAAGAAUGCAGGCAUGCACUUCUUGACCGAUGAGCCAGACAGAUUUAUGGACCCCGGAUGGAACAUGUGCCAUUUCUGGAGUAACUUUGAGAUCGGAGAUUUACGAUUCUGGAGAAGCAAGGUGUACACAGAAUACUUUGAUUAUCUAGACAAAUCAGGAGGUUUCUUCUAUGAGAGAUGGGGAGAUGCACCCGUUCACAGUUUAGCAGCAAUUUUGUUCCAAGAUAAGAGCAAGCUUCAUCACUUUGACGAUAUUGGUUACUACCACGUUCCAUGGAACCAUUGUCCUACAAACCCGGCUUAUCACAAGAACGGAAGGUGCAACUGUGAUCCCAAAAAGUCGUUUGACCGAGAGGACUACUCAUGUUUGAAACAAUGGUGGGCUGGCUCACCUGAAAAAGAACCGAAUUAUGUGCUUCCAAGAUCACUUAGUGUUCCUAAAACUUUGACCGAUCCAGAUGCUCCUUACUAAAAUUGUACUGUAUCUCUUUCUGCAAUCCACUUCGUUUUCUACUUUGUCUGUUUUUAUCAUCAUAAAUGGGAAUUUUUAAUUCAAUUGAAC